GACAACUUCCUAAAGGGGUUUCACCAUGAAACUAACCGUGGUCUGCUUAGUGGUGAGCUUCUUUCUGCUGUACUAUGCAGAGCAGAGUGAAGCCUGCCUGGAGGUAAUUGAGAAGGCAUUGGGUCUCCAACCGUGCAAUGAAGGUGGUCGCAAGGAACACAAGGAGCCUCAUAGGGGUGGACCAGGACCUGUGAGAUCUACUGGGAGGCGCAGGAGAAUCCCUAGGAGACGUGAGACACCAAGACCAAAACAUCACAAUAUCAGAAAACGGAAGCAUCACAGAAACACAAGGAAGCCUAGAACACACGUUCCUUGUACAAAGAAGAAAAAGAGGACGGAACCACCGGUUAUAGAUAUUACUACUCAAAAAUCCAAUCCACCAUGCACUUGUACAGAUAGUACAACUCAAAAGACCAAUCCGACUUGUACUUGUACAGAUAGCACUACUAAAAAGACCAAUCCGACUUGUACUUGUACAGAAAGCACUACUCCAUGGACGGAACCACCGGUUACAGAUAUUUCUACUCAAAAUCCCAAUCCUCCGUGCACUUGUACAGAUAGCACUACUAAAAAGACCAAUCCGACUUGUACUUGUACUGGAAGCACUACUCCAUGGACGGAACCACCGGUUACAGAUAUUUCUACUCAAAAACCCAAUCCUCCAUGCACUUGUACAGAUAGUACAACUCAAAAGACCAAUCCGACUUGUACCUGUACAGAUAGCACUACUAAAAAGACCAAUCCGACUAGUACUUGUACAGAAAGCACUACUCCAUGGACGGAACCACCGGUUACAGAUAUUUCUACCCAAAAUCCCAAUCCACCAUGCACUUGUACAGAUAGCACUACUAAAAAGACCAAUCCGACUAGUACUUGUACAGAAAGCACUACUCCAUGGACGGAACCACCGGUUACAGAUAUUUCUACCCAAAAUCCCAAUCCACCAUGCACUUGUACAGAUAGCACUACUAAAAAGACCAAUCCGACUAGUACUUGUACAGAAAGCACUACUCCAUGGACGGAACCACCGGUUACAGAUAUUUCUACCCAAAAUCCCAAUCCACCAUGCACUUGUACAGAUAGCACUACUAAAAAGACCAAUCCGACUAGUACUUGUACAGAAAGCACUACUCCAUGGACGGAACCACCGGUUACAGAUAUUUCUACUCAAAAUCCCAAUCCACCAUGCACUUGUACAGAUAGCACAACUCAAAAGAACACUCUUCCACCCAAUCCACCAAGCACUGAAAACACCGAACCACCAUGCGGAUGUAGUAGCUCUCACCCGUCUGGAUGGAAUCCUGGCGGUCCUAUAAUCCCAAGCGGUUCAACGACUACCAAGAAACCAGACGAAUGCUCGAGAAAACCGUUAGGUUGGAAUCCCGGCGGUCCGAUUUGGACAAUACCAACACCUUCUCGAACGCCCUGCGGCUGUGUCUCGUGGAAUCCACCAGGUUGGAAUCCUGGCGGUCCUUGUUUUCCCCCCUUUCCCGGACCUUCCGGACCAGGACCUGUCAUUCCCAACAAUGCAGAAUGCGGAUUUGAUCCACAAUGCCCACAAGGCUGGAAUCCCGAUAGUCCUCUAAUACCCGAUCCCGAAAUUCCCGGGAACUUUGGACCCGGACCUGUCAUUCCCCUCAGUGGAGAAAAAGGAUGUGGCUGCCCGUGACCAAAAGUGGAACUUAGUAAAGGUCUUCGUACUACCGUGGAUCGAAUACCAUUACUGAUAGAAGAAUGCAUCCAAUAAAAACCAUGUUGAUUGAACAAGAA